ACUAUAACCAAACAAACAACCAUCUCAAGCUAAAUAAACAAAUUUGCCCUUAUUCUUCCUAUACACAACAAUUAGUUUCCGACAUGAAUAACCUUGUAACAUUCUUCGCCUUUACUCUCCUGGUUUCUCUUUGUCAAGCUAUUGAGCUCGACUUUUGUGUGGGAGAUACUACCCUUCCAAGGGGACCCGAAGGAUUCGCUUGCAAGGAUCCUUCUAAUGUCACCACUGAUGAUUUUGUUUUCACUGGCUUUCGCUAUGAAAGCUUUACUGCAAAUCUAUUUAGAAGUAAUGUCACUUUGGGGUUUGUAGAUAAUUUCCCGGCUUUGAAUGGUUUAGGUAUCUCCAUGGCAAGGCUGGACUUUGCCGUUGGCGGAGUUAUUCCAGUACACUCCCACCGAACGUCAGAAGUUAUAAUCGUGACAAGAGGAUCUAUAAUUGCAGGAUUCAUUGACGCAAGUAAUAAUGCAUUUUACAGAAGGCUCGAAGUUGGAGACGUUAUGAUCUUUCCACAGGCCAUGCUUCAUUUUCAAAUCAAUGUUGGUAGAACCCCGGCUACUGCCAUUGUUAGCUUGAACGGUGCAAACCCAGCUGUCCAAUUCACCACCACCUCCUUAUUUGCCGGCAAUUUACCUGCUGAUAUCGCUCAACAAAUCACUCUUCUAAAUCAAGGUGAGGUGAUGAGGAUGAAGAGGCUAUUUGGCACUGCCUAGUUAAUAAUAAUUUUCCCAUAAUUUUUUUUAUUAGAGGCUCAAUAAAAUAAGUGUGUUUAUUUUUGUUCGUGUAAUAUUUUAUACUGAUCAAGUGAUAAUCCUCGAAACGUUUUAAGACUUAGCUCGUUAAUAUAAUUUGAUCGUUUCUGCAUUAAAAAAUAAAAAGUGAGCAACCUCGAAAUGUUCUAUUUGCUUAAAUUAUUUAAUAAAAAUGUAUACUAAAUACUUCGUAUUUUUA